AUGGAGUUUUGCUCUUUAGCUUUUGGAUUUUUCCUUGUUUUUCAAUAUGAUAAAAGAAAUUGCCAUUUCAAUGUAAUCAUUCUUGACACUAAUGCUUCAGAGAUAGAUUAUCCAUGUAGAAACAAUGGUGAAAAUGAGGUCCCUAUUGAUCUUGAGGAAGAAUUUGUAGAGCCAAGAGUUGAACAAGUUGAAAAAAAUGCCUUUGUUGAAAUCUUGAAUGCUUUUUCAUCAAGCCAGAAAAGGAAAGAGAAAUCACCGGUAUCAUCAGGCCAGCCAUUGAAGAAGAAAAAGCUAGAAAAUCCCACAAGACAAUAUGAAGCUAAUACUGGUAAUGGAGGCAUGAGUGUAGUAGUUGCAAAGACGCAACAAUUGAGUAGUGAUCAAAAAGUUUAUCUGCUUAAGAGAGCAAGGGCUGCUUUCAAUUCUAAAAAUCCCGCUUUCACGGUCACACUACUGUCAUCAUAUAUUCAUCCGGGAUAUAAAUUGGUAAGUAAUGAUUUAAUUCAGAUUUUGAAGCAACAGUAG